AUGCGACUCCUCAACGUCCACGACCUGACCCUCCGCCAAUUCAACGCUGCGAACCUCCCGAAGUAUGCGAUCACAUCGCACCGUUGGUAUGAGGACCAGGAGGCGUCGAUGAGAGACCUGCCGAACGGUCUGGAUAUGAGCAAGAGCGGACAUCGCAAGGUGAAGGGCUUUGCCGAGUAUGUGAGAAAGAACGUCGAGGGUAUCGAAUGGAUAUGGAUUGAUACUUGCUGUAUCAACCAGGACAACUCGCACGAGCUAUCCGAGGCCAUCAACUCCAUGUUUAAGUGGUAUCUCCACGCGCAGGUGUGCUUGGCCUACCUGGCAGACGUCCCGAGCACAUCGGACAACAAUACCUUUGAGAGAAGUGCCUGGUUCACCAGAGGAUGGACAUUACAAGAGCUGCUUGCGCCGAAGGUGGUCGUAUUCCUCACUGGCAAUUGGGAGGUUAUCGGCUCCAAAGGGCAUUAUAGCCGCAGCAUAACUCCUGUGACACUCAAUGUUGGUAAGUGGCUUACCCCCGAGGUCUCGUCAAUCACCCGGAUCCCACAGACUGUGCUCGACGAUUGGCACAGCCACCAGCACUUCAGCGCCAAUGCCAAACUCGCAUGGGCUCAAGGGCGGGAGACUACUGCGGAAGAAGACAAGGCAUAUUGCCUGCUGGGCAUCUUUGGAGUUUCGAUGAGUGUCAUCUACGGUGAAGGCCGCCAACGUGCUCGAGAGCGGCUGCGGGAUGCUGUCCAAGCCAGCGGCGAGCAGCUGGAUUUGACCAUGGACGCCCCAGCUUCUCAAUGCAUCUCACCAAGAGGACUAUAA